AACAUCUGAUGAACAUGAAAGUUGAGGGUGAAGUAGAAGAGAAGUAUGUGAGGGAUGAUCAGCAAUAUAUGGAGGAGGCUGGAAUGACGAGGACAUUUAAAGAGGAGGACACUCCUACAGAGAUCAGCACAGGACAUGCCAUUGAGAAACCCUCAAAGGAUCAUCUGACUUUAUCUCUAAGCUGUAAAAUGGAAGAUGAGGACAUCAUAAGAGAUUGUGCAGGAGAAAAGACAAUUAGCUCAGCUAUGGAUGGAGGACUUCACAGUGUGGAUAGACCAUCAAAUCCCUCUGACUCUGAGCAACCUGUGAGGGAUGGUGCCGGAAUUCAGGGGGAGGAGACAUUUUCCUGUCCUGAAUGUGGGGAAAGUUUUAACUCUGAAUUAAGUCUUACUGUACAUCAGAGAUCUCAUACCAGUGAGAACCUUCAUUCCUGUUCUGAGUGCGGGAAAUGUUUCCUUCUUAAAUCGGAACUUGUCAUACAUUACAGAUCUCACAUGGACAAGAAGCCAAAUUCCUGCACUGAGUGUGGGAAAUGUUUUACAAAGAAAUCAAGCCUUGUCAUACAUCAGAGAUCUCACAGGGGCGAGAAGCCUUAUUCCUGCCCAGAGUGUGGAAAAUGUUUUACACAGAAAUCAACCCUUGUUCGACAUCAGAGAUCUCACAUGGGGGAGAGGCUGUUUUCCUUCUCCUGCCUUGAGUGCGCAAAAUGUUUUGCACAGAAAUCAGACCUUGUUAGACAUCAGAGAUUGCACACGGAGAAGAAGCCAAAUUCCUGCCCUGAAUGUGGGAAAUGUUUUGCAAAGAAAUUAGGCCUUGUUAGACAUCAGAAAUUGCACAUGGGGCAGAAGCCGUUUUCCUGCCCCGAAUGCCAAAAAUGUUUUUUACAGAAAUCAGACCUUGUUAGACAUCUGAGUUCUCACAUGGGGGAGAAGCAAUAUUCCUGCCCGCAAUGCGGAAAACUCUUUACACAGAAAGCAAGCCUUGUUAGACACCAGCGAUUGCACACGGGGGAGAAGCCACAUUUCUGCCCUGAAUGUGGGAAAUAUUUUACAUGGAAAUCACAAUUUGUUAGACACCAGAGAUCUCACACAGGGGAAAAGCCGUAUUCCUGUCCUGAGUGCGGGAAAUGUUUUUCAGAUAAAUUAGACCUUGUUAGACAUCAAACAACUCACACGGGGGAGAAGCCGCAUUCUUGCCCUGAGUGCGGGAAAUGUUGUUCACGGAAAUCAGACCUUGUUAUUCAUCAGAGAUCUCACACAGGGGAGAAGCCAUAUUCCUGCCCUGAGUGUAAGAAAUGUUAUUCGAGGAAGUCACACCUUAUUAUACAUCAGAGAUCUCACACAGGGGAGAAGCCAUAUUCCUGCCCUGAGUGUAAGAAAUGUUAUUCGAGGAAGUCACACCUUAUUAUACAUCAGAGAUCUCACACGGGGGAGAUGACUUAUUCCUACCCUUAGUGCAAAAACUGUUAUAAAUGGAAAUCAGAUCUUGUUAUAUAUCAGAGAUUUCACAGAUGAGUUGAACAUUCCUGAAUUCAAUUUCCUGAAGGUUGACUUAACUGCUCCUAAGUUCUGAAUGUUAACCCAGUUAACCCCAGAAAUAAAAGAAAAUGUGUGUGUGGUCUCCCCCAAAUUCCAUACCAGACCCAUCAAGUUUGGAGCCCACCCCAAAGCAUGCAGUCUGACAGGCCAAAAAAUGGAAGAACCGCAAAUGUGUAUCCUCCCACUCCUAAACCAUACCCAGCCACAUGCCCUUAAAAUGGGGGACCUCCCUGUUGAGGACAAGGGUCUCUUCACCACAUCUCUGGCCUUGUUGUCAUAGGGUUUGCAGGGGAGACAAAAUCUGAAAACCCCUUUGAACAUAAGUGGGCCAUGAGGGAAGACAAUGCUGAGUGCUGUCAAAUGGAGUCCCGCCCACAGGUGUGAUGUCACAAUUGAAGAUAGUGCUGGAUGCAAGCUCGUACUGGUCCCUUUCAUCAACCCUUGAAACGCGUCCCUGCAUAUGGCACUAACUUCAAGUGUGACAUCAUUCCUGUGGGUGGGACUCUGACAGCACACAACAUUACCUUGCCUAAUGACUGCAGUGUUUCUCCAUCUAGGAUCUGUUGUUAGCCCUGGACAGGGCUGUGCUCUACACUCAGUAUGUAGGGAGGUGCAAUCGACUUUCUCCACUGCAGGUGGCGCUCUUCCGCAGCAGCACUGCAGCUGGAGAGGAAGUCAAGGAGAACACGGUUCCUCUGUGGUGUCCUGGGUCACUGGGAAAGCACCCGAUUGGAUACUGAUGCCCUAUGUGAGUCCAACAGCCAUGGAGAGCAAGUUUGGGGAGGGGACUUUACUGGCCUGCACAGAGUCUUGCCCCUAACCCGAUAGAACGCCUUUGGGAUGAAUUGGAAAGGAGACUGCGAGC